GUGGGUUUCUUUGAAGUUGGAUUGUAAUGGUGUUGUGCCAUUGACUGAUAGUGAAAGUGUCAGUGAAGAGAUGAAAAGCGUCAGUUUUGGGACGCUUUGCGGAGAAAGGAAGCUGAUUUCGGAAAUGGUCAUUACUUCAGUUACAAAGAAGUGAAGAACUCAAGAUAUAACCAUUGAAUGUGAACUAAUAAAGGUUGGCAUUGAUUGUGGAGAAACUUUUAGCCCAGUGGUCAAACCAACAACCAUUCGAACUGUACUCAGUCUUGCUUUGUCAAAAAAUUAGCAAAUUCAUCAGUUAGAUGUCAAAAAUGCCUUUUUACAUGGGGAUCUAAAAGAAACGGUCUACAUGCAUCAACCCAUGGGGUUUAAGGACCCUGUGCAUCCGGAUUAUGUCUGUUUACUUCGGAAAUCUUUGUAUGGACUUAAACAGGCUCCUCGAGCAUGGUACAAGCGGUUUGCUGAUUUUGUCUCUCACAUUGGUUUCUCUAAUAGUACAUCGGAUAAUUCAUUAUUUGUCUAUAAGAAUGGAUCUCAUAUGGCUUACCUCUUGCUCUACGUCGAUGACAUUAUCUUGACUGCUUCUUCUAAUGCAUUAUUGACAUCUAUCAUGCAAAGUCUUAGCUCCGAGUUUGCUAUGAAAGACUUGGGUUCGUUGAAUUAUUUUUUGGGCAUCCGUGUGUCUCGUCACAAAGGUGGGUUGUUCCUAUCCCAACGUAAAUAUGCUGAGGAAAUUAUAGAGCGUGCUGGUAUGAUUUCCUGCAAACCCACACUAACUCCAAUUGAUACUAAACCCAAAGUUAGUGCUCACUCUGGUGCUCAGUAUGAGGAUCCAUCCAAAUAUCGCAGUUUAGCUGGUGCCUUGCAGUAUCUUAUCUUUACAAGGCCAGACAUCUCAUAUGCCGUUCAACAGGUUUGUUUGCACAUGCAUGACCCUCAUGAUCACCAUAUGCUUGCUUUGAAGCGUAUCAUUCGGUAUAUCCAAGGUACUUUGCACCUUGGCCUACAUCUCACUCCUUCUUCAGUAACCGAUCUUGUUGCCUAUACUGAUGCUGAUUGGGGUGGAUGUCCUGAUACUAGACGAUCUACUUCUGGCUACUGUGUUUUCUUAGGAGACAAUUUGCUCUCAUGGUCUUCCAAACGACAGCCUACUUUGUCUCGUUCUAGUGCUGAGGCUGAGUACCGGGGAGUGGCCAAUGUUGUUUCUGAGUCGUGUUGGCUUCGGAAUCUCUUAUUAGAGCUACAUUGCCCACUUCGAAAAGCUACAUUGGUAUAUUGUGAUAAUAUUAGUGCCAUUUAUCUUUCUGGCAAUCCUGUACAACACCAGCGCACCAAGCAUAUUGAGAUGGAUAUUCAUUUUGUUCGAGAAAAGGUGGCGCGUGGAGAGGUUCGGGUCCGUCAUGUGCCGUCUCGUUAUCAGAUUGCGGAUAUUUUCACUAAGGGCCUACCCCUUGUUUUGUUUGAUGAUUUUCGACACAGUCUCAACAUUCGUGAUCCUCCCGCUUCGACUGCGGGGGUGUGUUAGAAUAUACAAAUCUGGUACAUAUUAUUGUCAGUAUUUAGUUUCCAAUUAAUAAGCCAUAAAAUCAGUUUGUAAUAUUGUAAGUAAGGUAAAUCGAUUCUUAUUCUCCUUGAUUGUAGCCUCACGUUAAGCAACGUGAUCAUAGCAUAGCUUGUAUAUAUAUUUGAAAUGUGAGUAAUGAAA